GUACAAGUGUUACAUAAUAUAGCCGAUACUCAUACACAUGAUAUUUGACACACAGGACAAGUAGUGAAAGUAGUCUUGGAAAAAUUAGCCUUAAAUCGAUGUCACUGGCUUUCUGUAUACAAAUGAUUGUUACUAUGUAUAAUAUUUUUUUACAUGUGAAAAAGAUUUAAAUCUUUAGUACUGUUUUUUAACUUAUGUUCGACAGUAUGAAAACGCUUAUUAUUGUCUCCACAGAAAAAAGAGACUAUAAAUGUCACUAAGAACAAUGAAAUUAUAUUUCACAUCUUAGAAGUAGGCAAAAGUUUUAAAUUUACACAAUAACAUGUAUUUUCAAAAUAUGAAAACAUUAACUUAUACUACAUCGACCAAUCUGCUUUUUUUUAUUUUGGUAAAUGGUUUUUUAUGUUCUAGAGAACAUGGUUUAUUCUGACCUGAGUACAAACAUAAACAUAACUUGGACCUCUCCAACAGAUCGAUCAAGUAUUGAUGUAAUUUUUGAUAGUCUCGUAGACACACAGAAAAAAAAAAUUGUGAAUGAAAUUCCAAUAGAUAAUUCCCAGAAAUACAGGUAUCUGAAUAAAAAUGGCUUGAGCAUUCAGUUUAUAUUACAAGACGUUUUAAUUUCAGACGCUGGGUUAUACAAGUCUGCAACAGCUUCCGACAGUACAGUAAUUGAUGGAUGUGCCUUAUUAGUGAUUACAGAGCGCCCUAAGACUCCAUAUUUGACAUAUGAUAAACAACAGUUUGUUGGAAGUACAAGUGUAUUUAAAUGCUCAUCUGCAGUAAAACGACAUCCAAUGUAUCUUCCUAGCAAUUUGCAAUACAUCUGGUCUGUAGUCGGCAUUAAACAAGGCGACACAUUACGCAUUAAACAAGGCGACACAUUAAGCAUUAAUCCAAUUACGAAGUCUGAUAAAGGAAAGGAUGUGACAUGUGCUGUUACUGACGAUAGAGGAAAAGUCUCUGCCUCGAGCAAUACAGUUAGUUUAGAUCCGUACUAUGGUCCUGAAUCUAUUAGACUUUCAACAGACUCUGAAUCAGUCAAUGUUGCAAAAGGAAGUCGCUUUACAGUAACUUGCUUCGCAAUAUGUUAUCCCAAAUGCUAUUUUGUAUGGAAAGAAUGAACAAUGACCUAACAUACACAAUAAACGAUGUAUCUCAAAGUGAUGAUGGUAUUUAUUCAUGCGUGGUUACACAUCAAAAUGAUACUGCAAGGAUAGGAAAUAUUGAAGUAACAAUAAAUUUUUAUG